CAGCUCUAAACAAAAGAAAAAGAAAAAAAAUUACGGCAGGAUUGCGAGCAAUAUUCGAUUUAUCCGUUCGCAGCAGCAUUGAGACGCCCCCGGAAAGCCAACUAAGGCGGAGUCCAGUCCGGAGUUGCAGUGUAUCCUUGCAGCGGAUCCGCAGCAGUGCCUCCUGUCCCACGGCCACAGCUUUCCCCGCAGAAAAAGCAGCAGCAGUAGCAGCGACUCUGCCCCUUCGUCCGCCCCCAACCCCCACGCCCCCCAAGGCCCCGCCCGCCGACCACGCCACGCCCCCCCGCUGUACCGCCCACACAACCCCGCCCCCUUGCCAGCGCCAGCAGCACGGCAGGCUUAAUCAGCAAAUAAACAAAAUAAACGAAAACGAAUACGAAAACGGAAGCGAAGAGACGACGAAGACGAAGGGCACGAGCUCCUCCUGUGAGUAAUCCGGAAGCUGGAGCAGCAGAAGCGUGGAUCCUCAUCCAUCCGGCGGCUGAGCGAUGCAGUAUAGGCCACCAUGGGUUCGCAGACCUUGGAGAUAUUGCGCCAGGGCGUGUGGGCCUCGCUGACCGGCGGCUACUUCUACGAUCCGCACCAAGGUGUCUUCUGCAACGUGGUGCACCUCUACCUGUGGCUCUACCUGCUCUGCUCGCCUUUCGUGGCCUAUCUGUACUUUCCGAGCACUUGGUUGACAUGGUGCCUGUACUGCGUGAUAACCAGCCUGACCAUUCUGAUGGUGAAGCUGGCCAAUCUGGCGCUGCACCGGCUGUACGAUCGCGCCCAGACCAUGUCCGAGGUGAACCUCAAGGGACAGUUUUUCAAGGUUACCAAGGAGACGGAGCCGCGCCACGACGACGAGGGCGGCAUCGAGAUGAAGGUCAUCCGGCCGGGCGGCUCACGAAUCUCCGUGGAGCAGGCCAUCAACGAGGCCAGCGAAGAGAACAGCAUCAUGUCCAUCGACAAUGUGAACAGCAUCAUUGAUCUCAAGGUCGAUGUGCAUCGCAAGAACAGCUCUGAAUCCAUCGAGCUGAUGUUCUACGCCCCCUCCAUGUUGUCCGGCGGCAGCCAGCAGGAUCAGCAAUCGCUGGCCGGUUCUGCCAGCGUCAGCAAGUCCAUCCGGAGCACGGGGCCGGGCGGCAACUCCUCCACCAGCGCCGCCGCCCAGGCGGAUUUGUUCAACAAGUACCUCACCGUCUAUCCGGAGGUUGUGGAGGCGGCCGGGAGCAGUGCGGGCAGCGCCGACGGUGGCAGCAGCGGCGGCGAUAGCCGCUCCGGCGGAGCAGUGGGUGCACUGUGUCCCGCGGGAGCGGGAACAGCGUCCGUACAUCACGUCCGCACGGGCCAUCUGUCGCGCAAGUGCUCCGAGGUCUUUAGCCGCCGACAGCGACGACGUUUGGAGCGCCAGAGCAGCCUGGACACGGCGGCAGCCGCUGCCAACAGCUGCAGCGUGGAGCACAAGCUGAUGCGCAACCAGUCGGACACGAUAGCCACGGCCGCGCCAUCGUUCCUGCACUCCCAGCCGACGAACAAGGCGCGCCAGAGCCAGGCCAAUCCGCGCCAGCACUUCAUAGCCAGCACCCCGUCGUCGGGGGGAGAUGCAUCCUCCUCCUCAACCGCCGUCGUGGUCAUCGCCCCCGCCUCCGCCUCGAAUCCUGCGGCCAACCCCGGACGCUCCUCGCGUCUGCAGCGCCACAGAAGCUCGGAGACGCACGACGAGCGGCAGAAGCACCAGAGUCGCGGCGGUCUCUUUCAGCCCAUCCUACACCUGCCGCAUCACAGUGCGGCCAGCAGCAUUGGGGCGCUGGCGGUGAUCGGCGGCGGCGGCAGCAGUGGCGGCGCCAACGACGUAGAGGACAUGGAACUGGGUCUGGCCAGGAACGCGGGCAGCGGCGGCGUGGCCGACGCAUGCAGCCGGGCACUGCAGUCCUGGAUAUUAGAUCCCUUCCCGGAUGUGUACCUGGAGGACGAUAGCUACACCAAAUCAGAUCUGGGCAUCGAGCAGCCCCACCAGCCGACUUUCCGCGCCCAGCAUCACCAUCAUCACCACCACCAGCACCACCUGCAUCAUCACCUGGGCGGAGCGAUCAUCCGCAAGGAUCCGACGAGCACAAUGUCUGCCCUUCAGCUGGCAGGAGGCGCUCCGCCGUCAGCGGGAGGAUCGGGAGCAGGCGGCAGUGGCGGAGGAGGAGCAGCAGCAGCAGGAGGAGGUGGCGGCUCUGCUGCCGGGAUGAAGCGACGCAGACAUUCCAACGCCACCAGCUACAAACACGGCUCCUCGGGUCAGGGCAACAAGAACUCUCUGGUGAGUGGAGGCGGAGGCGGAUCCAGAGGCCCCACCGGCGAGGCGGGGACACCAAGUGGAGGAGUGGGAGGAGCUGGCGGAGUGAGGCGCAUCAAGAGCGCCGCCUUAGAGGUACUCUGCCCGCAGCCAUCGGUGUCCAAUCUCAGUCCGCAUCCGAACAGCGUGGAGGCCAUCUCGGGGCAGCAUCAGAUGCGCAAUCCCCUGCCCCCGCCCAGCAAAAGUCUGGUGCGGAACCAGCACCUCAAUCUUUAUCCCACGCAGGGCUUUGGCGACGCCAAUCAUCAUCCCACCGCCGGAGGAGGAGGCGGAGGAGGACAGCCUGUGGGCGGCAGCACCUGCAGCAGCCUGUUCUUCGGCAGCUCCAGUGCCUGCGGCUCCACAACGGCCCUGAUUGAGCCGCCAGUGUAUCCCAUAGUGGAGCACUCGGACGAGAGGACGGCCCACGAGGGCAUUUGCCUGGGCAUUGGCCAGGGCAACGCCGACGAUGACGACGAGGUGGACGAUGUGCCGAUCCGGAGGAGGACGAGGGCCCUGGGUUGCAGCCAAACGCACUACAGCGCCGAGUCGGAUGUGGGUGGUUUUCUGGCCGACGACGAUGCCGCCGAUGAGGAUGUGUUCAAGGACUUCGACGACAACCUCGAUCACAUCCUGAGCGAGAUGCAGCAGGAGCACAAUCAGCUGGACGACGUCCUCAAAAGCCACGAUCUCCAUCUCCACUCGCAGCUGCAGCUGCACCAUCACCAUCACCACAAAAAAGCACCAGUGGAGGGUGUGGGAUCAUCCGCAGGAGUCGUGCCAGCAGGCGGCGGUAAUGAGGACGACGACGAGGAGACGGAGGACAACAACACGGGCUCGCGAUCUCCGCUGCUCAGCGAUCGCAAUCGCCAGCAGGCGACGCUGCGCGACAUCCAGGCGGACCAGCAACUGCGCCAGGAGCUCUCCCACCAGUCCAGUGCGGCCCCCGUCGCCCCCAACGCUCCCAUGCCGAUGCCCAUUCGCAGCGAAGCGGACUCGGGCUGCCCGUCCAGCGACUGUGAGCAGGUGAGCGCCAGCUCCAAGGAUCAGCUGCUGUCCGGAAUGGAGUCGGAGCAGAGGCUGCACCAGCACCAGCAAGCGCCGAGGUGCCAACUGGACGAGGAGCAGCCCUGCACAUCGAAAAUGGCGGCCAAGAGCCUGGGCGCCAUUCCGAAGGUGGUCAAGUACCGGGAGGUGGACGAACUGAGGCGGCGAAGGAGAGGCGGCUCCCCGGCGGAUGCCGCCGAGCUGGGCAACGAGUUCGCCCUGGUCAAGCAGACGCAGACCGGCAAGCUGGCCUCGCGCAACUCCUCCUCCUCGAACUCGACGCACAGCAUCAGCCUGACCGACAGCCUGACGGCCGACAUCCACAAGAUGCUCUGGCUGAUGCACGGCGGGGCGGUGGACGAGCGCGGCCGUCCCAUCACGGGCAUCUCGGCGGACGGCACUCCCAUCCCGGCGAGCAGCAGCCUCGUGCCGCCGAACAUGUCCAACGCACACUUCCAGUUCUACCAGGACGCCAUCCAGGCGCUGCAGGGUGCCCAUCCCACCACCGCCGGCUCCAGUGUGGAGCACAUGACGAACAUCGAGCGGGCCCUGGCCCGCGACAAGCUGCGUCUCGAUGCCAAGCUGAUGUGCGAGCAGCUGGCCGCCGCGGCGGAGGCCAACUCGGGCGGAGCUGGAGUUGGAGUGCGGGGCAGCACGCUGGCCAGCCAGCAGAUGACGCAACAGCAGGUGGGCAUGCUGAUGCGCGGCAGCUCCGGCUCGCGGCAUCCGUCCAGUGCUCCCUUUUCGGUGCAGGGACUGAUCAAUGUGAUCCGCAACGAGCGCCAGGUGGCGCGCAGCCAGUUGGACGCACUGCAGCAGCUCAGUGAUGCGGCCGCUGCGGUGGCGGCCAAUGCCAGUGAAGCUGCCUCCGUUUCGGCCUCGGGAAUCGGCGGAGGAGGUGGAGGAGGAGGCGGUGCAUCAAGCGGCGGCGGCGGAGGAGUAUUGAGCGCCCUGGGCCUGGCCAAUCACCCCAGCAACCAGAUCAGUCAGAUCAGUCAAAUCAGCCAGAUGAGCCAGCCCAUGCUGAAUGUGGACGGGCACUUUGCGCCGUACUGCGACUACUGGCGGCCCGCCUGUCACCUGUCGGCGGCGGAGAAGCCAGUUGUGCCCAAGAGCUUCUACAAGUACCGAUUCCAGUGGUGCGGCCAGGAGCACGAGUUCAAGAUCGCCAUGGACCGGCUGGAGCUGCUGGCCCUGUUCGACCGCGACCUCCACUGGCUGCACGUCCUGCUGGCCAGCCUGCUGUGCACGCUGGUGGCCUGCCUGGGAGCGGCCAUCCUGCAGCACGACCACUACAAGGACCUGUGCGCCCUGCUCUUCUGCGCGGUGAUUGCCGGAGCGCAGUACUCGCUGGUGAAGAGUGUCCAGCCGGACGCGGCGUCGCCGGUGCACGGAUUCAACAAGACGGUGGCCUACUCGCGGGCCAUCUACUUCUGCCUGGGCGGCGGCAUGCUGCUGCUGCUCAAGCGCCUGGACACGGACUACGGGGAGAGACCGCCGGACCCGGUCGUCUUCUUCGGCCUGCGCUACUCGCCCGCCGACGUGGUGGCCCUGCUGCUCCAUGCCCUCUACAUCCUGCUGCUGUGCUUCCCCAUCAUCUUCUCGGUGGGACUGUGUCCGCAAAUCAACACGUUCCUUAUGUACCUGCUGGAGCAGAUCGACAUGCAUGUCUUUGGAGGCAAUGCUGCCAGCAGUCUGUUGGGUUCCUUUUUGUGCGUGGUGAGAUCGGUGCUGGCCGUGAUGCUGCUCUACGGACCGCUCUACGGAGCGCUGGACGAGCAGCGGGGCACGCAGUACAUCCUGUUCUCCAUCUUCUGCGCCAUGCUGGUGCCGCUGGGCUACCACCUGUCGCGCUGUGCCAGCGACUUCAGCCAUCUGUGGCGGCUGAUCAAGACCUGCAUUGUGAGCACGUAUCGGGACGACGAGGACGAGGAGCUCAGCCAUGUGCAGCAGGUGGCGACGACGGCGGCGACGACGGCGACGACGGCAGCGGGCACAGUAACCAGAUUGGCCACCAGCACGCCCAAGCAGCGCAGGCAGGCGCCGGAUUCGAAGGCGGAGCAACAGGAGCAGAUCGAGCUGAGCUCGCUGGAGAAGCUGGCCGCCAACGAGGAGCAGCCCGCCGACGAUCAACUGGAAGCGGAGCCGCAAGAUGUGCCCCUGCAGCAGCAGCAGAAGCACAGCAAGUCGAAGGCCUCGUCGCUGGGCAGCAGCCAGCAAACCCUGGGCAAGACCAUCAGCAGCAGCAAGCGGGCCAUCACGGCCUCCAGCUCGUGCACCUCCAUCGGGGCGGCGGCGGGAGAGGGGGUCGUGGCGAUGGCGGUGGCGGUGGCGACGGAGGACCAGUCUGGCGGCGACCUGCUGGCCAGCGAGGAGGCAGCGGAGGCCUACGACCAAGCGGCCAAAGCCGAGGAGGCCGACGACGACAAGAUAUCCAGCUCAUCGGCCACCAAUCCCGGGGACAUGUCCACGGUGACGGCGGGAGCGGGCACGGCCACCACAGACGCCACGCCUGCCUGCCUGGAGGCCGAUCCGGAUGUGGAUGGCGAAACUCCAGCUGCCGAUGAGAAGCAGCAGCAGCAGGGAACGGGCACUGGAACUGGAACGGGAACGGGAACCACCGAAGCCAGUGAGAACAGCAGUAGUGGUGGCGGAGGCAACGAAAACGCCAACGGGAGCGGUGCCUCCAACGAUCUGCCCGAUCCGCUGCCCCGAAAGCUGCAGGCCACCGUGACCACGAGGCUGAAGAACGACCUAGUGGUGAUGACCCUGCUGGCGGUCAGUGUGCUGGGGCUGCACUGCAGCACCGUGUUCACCGCCCUGCAGCCGGACCUCAACGUGGUGCUCUACUCGUUCAUCGGCGUGCUCGGCCUCCUGCUGCACUACAUUGUGCCCCAGAUGAGGAAGCACAUGCCCUGGCUCUGCUUCGCCCGCCCGCUGCUCCGGCAGCGCGAAUUCGGCCAGUUCGAGGUGCUCAACGCCCCCAAGAUCAUGUGGUUCGAGAAGCUGUACAUCUACCUGAGUGUCCUGGAGCGGAACGUGCUCUUCCCGCUGCUGGCCAUCUCCUCGCUGACGGCGGACUCGCAGCUGAUUGUGGCCAAGUUUGGGCUGCCCUGGGGCACCCUCAUUGUGGCCAUUUGCGCCCUAAAAUUUGUGAGGAACGCCUACUCGGAUCCGACCAACCAGUACCUGAUCAUCAUCUUUACGGUCCUGCUGUUCCGCAUCGACUUCGCCAUGGCCACGGAGACCUUCAUCAUUGACUACUUCUUCGUGUCGCUGGCCUUCCGCAAGUGCUGCGACUUCCUGCUGAAGCUCCAGUUCAUUGUGACCUACAUUGCGCCGUGGCAAAUAACGUGGGGCUCCGCCUUCCACGCCUUCGCCCAGCCCUUCAGUGUGCCCCACUCGGCCAUGCUGUUCCUGCAGGCGGGCAUCUCCGCCCUGCUCUCCACGCCGCUCAAUCCCUUCCUGGGCAGCGCCAUCUUCCUCACCUCGUACGUGCGGCCCAUCAAGUUCUGGGAGCGGGACUACAACACGCGCCGCAUCGACCACUCGAACACGCGGCUCAGCUCGCAGCUGGAGCGCGACUUGGGUGCGGACGACAACAACCUGAACAGCAUAUUCUACGAGCACCUCACCCGCUCCCUGCAGCACUCGUUGUGCGGGGAUCUGCUGAUGGGUCGCUGGGGAAACGUCAAUCAGGGCGACUGUUUCGUGCUUGCCUCCGACGAUCUCAACUGCCUGGUGCACAUCAUCGAGCUGGGCAACGGGCUGUGCACGUUCCAGAUGCGCGGCCUGGAGUUCCGCGGCACCUACUGCCAGCAGCGCGAGGUGGAGGCCAUCACCGAGGACGUGGAGGACAACGACGGCUGCUGCUGCUGCGAUCCGGGCCACCUGCCGCGCCUGCUCAGCGCCAACGCCAUGUUCUCCACCCGCUGGCUGGCCUGGCAGGUGGUCGCCGCCCAGUACGUCAUCGAGGGCUACUCCAUUUCGGACAACCUGGCCAGUGCCACGCUGCAGGUGUUCGAGUACCGCAAGGUGCUCAUCACCUACUACAUUAAGAGCAUCAUCUACUAUGUGGUGAGGAACCCCAAGCUGGAGCAGUGGCUGGCCUCCGGGCCCAUCCAGGAUGCCCUGCAGCACACGCUGGGCCGCCAGUUCGUUGACCUGGACCCCAUUUUCAAUUUCAACCUGGACGAGGACUUCGACUUCCGCGCCGUGGGCAUCACGCGGUCCAGUUUCUGCUAUGUGUACCUCAAGUGGAUCAACUACUGCGUGGACAUGCGCAAGGAUGCUGCCUCCAUGGGGGCAGCCACAACUGCUCCGGCUCCCGCGGCUUCUGCUGCUGCUCCAGCGCCGCCGCCGCCGCAGUCGACGUCGUCGGUGGCUCCAGUGACGCCCGCCCACAAUGACUCCAAGAGCACGCCCAAUCUGUCGGCGCACGGCGGAUCCACUGGUCCCGCUUCGGGUCAGUCCAAGUCGCAGUCGCAGCAGCAGUUGCGCCGGCCGCCCAAGGGUGUGGCCCAGGAGAACAGCAGCAUCGGCGGUGGCGGUGGCGGCGGCGGAGGAGGAGGAGGAGGAGGAGGUGUUGCCACUGGCGGCACAGGAGGACCAGCGGGGCCAGGAGGAGGCACAGGCACCACCGGGGGCGGAGAUCCACAGCUGAGCAGCUCGCACAGCUUUGCCAACAUAUCGCGCCAAACGUCGGAGAGUGCACCCGGCCUGGGUGGCUAUGUGACCUACAUGGAUCAAAACGUGUUCGUGAAGCUGGCCAAGAGCAGCACUACCACGGCUGCAGGAGGAGCUGCAGCCGGUCGAAAGGAGAGCCAAGAGAAGCCCGCACUGCGGCUGAAGCUGGCCAGCAGCGUGGGCAAGGAUGCACCGCUGGUUUCCCUGUGCCUGGCCCUCGGACUGCUGGCCCGGCGUUCGCUGGCCACCGCCUCGCACAGUUCGCUGACCGGCGUGGAGUUCUUCCUGCACGGCCUGCAUGCCCUGUUCAAGGGCGACUUCCGGAUCACCUCGCCACGUGACGAAUGGGUCUUCGCGGACAUGGAGCUGCUGCACUCGGUGGUGGCGCCGGCCGUCAAGAUGGCCCUCAAGCUGCAGCAGGACCACAUAACCAAUCCGGACGAGUUCCUCGACCCGCACGCCCUGUACGAGGCCAUCGACAACUGCUCCAGCGAGCUGGUCAUCUCGCACGAGGCCGAUCCCGUGUGGCGCAGUGCCGUGCUGCGCGGAGCGCCCAAUCUGCUGGCCCUGCGACACGUAAUGGAGGACGGCUCGGACGAGUACCGCAUCAUCCGGCUGACGAAGCGCUGCCUCAGCUUCCGGGUGAUCAAGCUCAACCGCGAGUGCGUCCGCGGCCUGUGGGCGGGGCAGCAGCAGGAGCUGAUCUACCUGCGUAACCGCAAUCCGGAGCGCGGCAGCAUCCAGAACGCCAAGCAGGCGCUGCGCAACAUCAUCAACUCCAGCUGCGACCAGCCGAUCGGCUACCCCAUCUACGUGUCCCCGCUGACCACCUCCUAUGCGGACACCAAUGCCCAGUUGUGCGAGGUCAUUGGCGGCGCCAUCACGCUGGACACCAUCCGGCACACGGUGCUGGGCUGGUGGCACCGCAUCCGGGAGCGCUGUCGCCAGGGCUGCAGCUCGGGUUCGGCCCUGGAGCCGCAUCCCGGUGCGGGACUGGGAUCCGGCCCGGGUGUUCUUCUGGGCGCCUGCAACUUCGGCAGCGGCGGCAGCGUCGUGGGAGCCGCGUCCACGGCCACGGGCGUGGGUGCCUCGGCGGGAUCUGGCCUGGGUGGAGGCGCUCCCGGCACCGCCAGCAGCACGGGCGGCGAGUCGGGAGACCUGGCGCCCGUCUUCAUCUCCGCCCCGCUGUACAACACCCUCACCGUCAACCAGUACUACAAUGUGCGCCCGGGAGGAGCCAUUCCCGGCGGAGCCAUGCCCGCCAACCUGGGCGGCAGCUAUGUGAGCGACAGUUUGGCGGUGGUGCGCGGCGGCCUGGCCGUGAUGCCCGUGAAGCCCACCUCCACAACUCUGAUUGCCGGACUGCUGAACAGAGAGCGGGAUCAGGAAACUUCGGGAUCCGGCGUGGGAGGAGCAUCCAGAGCUACCGGCAGUGGCGGCGUGCGCAAUCGUAGCCAGCUGCACCAGCAGCAGCAGCAGAUGGGCGGCGGCAGUCGGGGCAGAGAUCACGAGCGCAGGGCCACCCUGCCCAUUGGCGCCGAGUCUGGCAAGGAUCUGGCCACGCCGCAGACCCAGGUGGAGCACGAGCCAAGUCCGCGCAGCACCAAGCUCUCCUCCUCGUCGGGCAGCCUGGGUCUUGGAAUGGGCGUGGGCAUGGGCAUGGGCAUGGGCCUGGGCAACAUCAUCACCACGCCAGGAGACUAUCCACGCAAGACCAAGGGACCCAUUUGCCUCGCCGCCAUGGAAACGGGAACGGCGGAGGCAAAGCCCGCCGGAUCGGGAGCAGCAGGAGUGGUCGAAAGAGCAGGAACAGCUGGAACUAGUGGAACUGCCACCGUCAUCAGGAAGCCGCGCAUUGAGAUCUUCAAGAAGGUCAUCAUAGUGGAUGACACUGGGAUCUACGACUGCCUGGACAUCAUCGAUGCCGUUGUGUGGCCCAGCGAACGGAUGCGCAACAAUGGCGGGCGGCUUUCGUGGAAGGAUUGGGAGCCGAAUGCCGGCAUGGUGGGCCAUGUGGUCCACUGCUGGACGCCCAACCACAAGGACGUGCGCUUCCGAUCGCAUGUCAACCGCUAUGUGUACCUGGUGGAGAUCGGCGACCACUACGUGCCCGUGGAGGAGCUGGGCCUGCGGGAGUACAACCAAAUCAUGGGCAGCACCGAGGAGAUGGCCAACUCGCGGCGCAGCUCCAUCCAGCGCGAGUUCCACGAGUACAACAUGCAGCUGAAGCUGGCCGGGCUCACUCCGAUUAUUGGAGGUGGAGGCGGAAGUGGAGGUGGUGGAUCCUCCACGGCGACAGCCAGUGCCUGCGACGCCUCCAAAUCGCACAAGGCCAAGAUCCGAGCUGUGAGCAGCAGUAGCUCCGAGGACGAGGACACCUCCUCCACGCGGUCCAUACCCUUGUCGCAUGGCGAUCCCGGCGAUCUGCCCAACUUCACCCGGCUGAUGAGCAUGUGGAAGGAGAUAAUAUCGGACAACAAGCGGCGCUUCUACGAUAUGGGUGAGUUAUCGCCGGAACUGCUCCGAAAGCUGGACGAUGCGGUCCAGCAGCAGGAGCAACAGGACCAGGAGCAACAGGAGACGCCUGGAGAGACGGAGGAGGAGCAGAAGGCCACCACCCCAGCCACACCAACAGCCAUAGUCACUGCCAAUGAAGAAAAGGAAAUGGAGAAGGAAAUGGAAAUGGAAGUGGAAACGGAGCCAAAUCAGGAAGAGGCUCCACUGGAGGAGGUAACCGUUUCCAAGCCCGAGGAGCAGCCAGCUCCGCCCACACCGCCGCCCAGUCCCGUGCCCACUUUCAGUGAAAGCUCGCCAAGCUCACCCUCCCUCAGCCAAGAAGAGGAACAGGAGGAAAAGGAGGAGCAGGAGGAGGCAGUGCAUCCAGACGAGGAGACACCCGCAGUGGCCUCCAAGGAAGAGCGGGACGUGGAUGAGCAGCCACCUGGCGAUGGCAAUGACAACAGCGAGACGACGGGGACAACGGUCUAAGGGAUCACGAUCGCCAUGGACCUGCCUUUACAUUGAUUUGCAUUUGUUUGCCAAGCAAACACACCAAACGACCCAACAAAUAAAUGGCAUGGACAAAGGCACACACACCCAAAUGGACAUGAUGGACACAACCACAACCACAACCUUGUAAUACAUAUCAGCAAAGAGCAGAGAUGAGAGGGCUUCCUUGCAUGGGUGCAUGGGUGUGGCCCAUUUAUAUCCGAACACCGAGAUCCUGGCCAGAAAAACCAACAGCAACAACAAGAACAACAAAUGAGAAACACUUCCAAGAAAUCAAAGUAAAGUUUAUAAAACGACUGCGUUUAGUGUAUGCAUAGAAAUUAGGACAAAAACUACAAUAAUUCAGACAACAACAACAAAAAACAAAAACAAAAACAAACAAAGAAUUCAAUUUUUAGUAUUAAUGAAAAGUUAUAGAUCAUACUCAAUAUAUAGGAAAAAAAGAGCGCAAAUCGAGAGCAGAGGAAGAUUUUGGACGGGAGGAGAUCAUAAGAUCAUAAGAUAUCUAAACUAAUUGUUGUAACUUGCGAAUUGUAUAAUACGGAAACGGAAACAGAAAACCAAAUGCUUCUCAAACAUUACCUAUUUUGUUCUUUCUCCUCUUGUUAGCCAAUACAGAAAUAUUAAGCGAACCUAAAGAAUUUAUAAAUGUAUAUUUAACGGAAAUUAGUUUAAAGUUAAUGUUAAUGAGUCCCACACACACACACACACAUACAACACUCAACACACAGACACAAAACAUACCAAAAUUGAUUGUUAAAGAGUACAGAAAAGAUACAAAAACCCGCAUACAAUUAGCCUAAGCGAUAAGCGAACUUCGGACAGGAUUCAAGUUACAAAACUAAGAUAUUACACACAAUUCCUAGAUGAUUAAGAGAAUGAUGAGGAUGAGGACGAGGAUAAAGUAGAAUGACGACAUGUAAAGCUCUCACGUUGCCUUAAUAUAUUAGACUGAUUUUUUCUACACACACAUUUGUAGACGUAUGGAAGAUGACAUUCGAGGAGUCCCAGCCAAAUUGCAAAUGCCUGGGAAGGAGGAGCUGAGCUGCAGCAAACGGAGUCCUAAUCCCGAUCCCAAUCCCAACUAGCGAUUUACAUGUACAUAACCAUAACACCAUAACAUAUAUGAUGAUGAUGAUAUGAUGGGAAGAGCGAAGCUAAGCGAACAAAGCUACAGUUUGUCGGCCAAACCGAAUCCGAUCGUUCCGUUCCGUUAGUUCGUUCGUUCGAUGCGUAUAUAACCAAGGCAUAUAUCAAUGCUAUAUAGCCACAUGCCCAAUUAGCCAAAUCUCUCAUUCAAACACAGUGUGAAUGCUAAUUUCUCAUUAACAGCAGAAGGAUAAACUUACGAUUAAUUAACCAAGAGAGAAAACCAACAGACAACAAACCACAAACAAACAAACAAACUAAAAAAUACAAAAUACAAAACACAAUGAAUAU